AACGCACCCUCCAGCAGAGCAGCAUGCAGAAAGAGACAGACAGACACACAGUGCUGUAUCGACACAACGGGAGAGAGGAGACUGACAGGAGCCUCUGCACACUGUGUGAAAUAAAGCGCGUGUUUUUUUUGGACAUUACAUACAUCCUAGAAAAGCACAAACUGUCUGUGCUCUAGCAUGAGUUCAGCAGCAUUUCUGGGUUAAUCGGACUUGCAGCUUACUUGCAAAGCGCAAGUUCGCUGCCACUUUGUCGAAACGAGACGCGCACAGGAAAAACAACGAUGGAGAGACGCAUCCCGGGAUGGUGCUGCGCGCUGCUGACCCUCCUCCUGCACGGGACGAGCUGCAUGGCAGCGAAGGAGCUCCAGUGCCAGGAGAUCUCUGUGCCUCUCUGCAAAGGAAUCGGCUACAAUUACACCUACAUGCCCAACCAGUUCAACCACGACACGCAGGACGAAGCCGGCCUGGAGGUGCACCAGUUCUGGCCGCUGGUGGAGAUCAAGUGCUCCGACGACCUGCUCUUCUUCCUCUGCAGCAUGUACACUCCGAUCUGCCUGGAGGACUACAAGAAGCCUCUCCCCCCGUGCAGGAGCGUGUGCGAGCGGGCGAAAGCCGGCUGCGCUCCGCUCAUGAGGCAGUACGGCUUCCCGUGGCCGGACCGGAUGAGGUGCGAGCUGCUGCCCGAGCAAGGCAACCAGGACACGCUGUGCAUGGACGACAACCGGAGCCAGACCACCACGGCUUCCCCCGUGGUGGCGAAGCCGACCAACCGAUCCCUGAAGCCGUACAACCCGAGGAAGAAGAGCGGCUACGGCCGGGGGAUCCCCGGGAAGCACAAACCGGCAGCUUCUCCCUGUGAGCCGGGCUGCUUCUGCCGCGCGCCCAUGGUGCCGGUGACAAGUGACGCACACCCGCUGCACAACCGAGUCAAGACGGGACAGAUCCUGAACUGCGCCAUGCCCUGUCACAACCCUUACUUCACCCAGGAGGAGAGGACUUUCACCGCCUUCUGGAUCGGCCUCUGGUCCGUCCUGUGUUUCAUCUCCACUUUCGCAACUGUGGCGACUUUCCUAAUCGACAUGGAGCGGUUCAAGUACCCAGAGCGCCCCAUCAUCUUCCUCUCCGCCUGCUACAUGUUCGUGUCCAUAGGAUACAUAGUCAGACUGGUGGCCGGACACGAGGAAGUGGCGUGCAACAGGGAGAACGGCGCAGAACACAUCCACUAUGAAACCACGGGUCCUGCCCUCUGCACCAUCGUCUUCCUGCUCAUUUACUUCUUCGGCAUGGCCAGCUCGAUCUGGUGGGUGAUCCUCUCCCUCACCUGGUUUCUCGCUGCAGGUAUGAAGUGGGGGAACGAGGCCAUCGCCAGUUACGCGCAGUACUUCCACUUAGCAGCCUGGCUCAUCCCCAGCAUGAAAUCGAUCGCAGUUUUGGCGUUAAGCUCUGUUGAUGGAGACUCCGUUGCUGGGAUUUGUUAUGUAGGAAACCAGAAUUUGGAUAACCUGCGGGGUUUCGUGUUGGCACCGCUGGUGAUCUACCUGUUCAUCGGCACCAUGUUCCUCCUGGCCGGGUUCGUGUCUCUGUUCCGGAUCAGGAGCGUCAUCAAGCAAGGUGGCACCAAGACCGACAAGCUGGAGCGGCUCAUGAUCCGGAUAGGGGUUUUCACGGUUUUGUACACCGUCCCGGCGACCGUCAUAGUGGCGUGCUACUUUUACGAGCAGCACAACAGACAGGCGUGGGAAAUCACGCACAACUGCACGUGCAUGAGUGACCCGAGCAGGCAGCGGCCGGACUACGCCGUGUUCAUGCUGAAGUACUUUAUGUGCCUCCUGGUGGGCAUCACGUCGGGGGCCUGGAUCUGGUCGGGGAAAACCCUGGACUCCUGGAGGACUUUUUGCACGCGCUGCUGCUGGGGGAGCAAAGCCUCCGCGGGCUCCAUGUACAGUGACGUCAGCACGGGACUCACCUGGAGGUCAGGGACGGCCAGCUCCGUGUCGUGCCCCAAACAGAUGCCACUGUCCCGGGUUUGAGCAGAAAUGCAUCUUAUGUCAUUUGACACUAAAGACUUAAAACCAGCGCAUAUAUGCUCUUUGGGAGGAACAGACUGCUUUUUUUAAAUGUUGGUAAAUUAUUCAAGGUGAGCACCAAACUGCCAGUUUUGAUGAAACUUUGGUCACAGCACUCCCUUAAUGUGAACAGUUUCUCCAUCCUGAUUCUUAAAAGAUCAGUUUGGAUUUAAACUUAUGGAAAGUGCUCCUUUUCUUGCCUUAUCCAAAUGACGUCCAUGUGUUUGAAUAGAGGAGUGUGGGGGGGAGGGGGAGGGGGUGAGGGCUGACUAAUUGUGUUGGGAUUGUCCGUCAGCGUGUUGUAAUUAGCACAUUAAUGAGCGCCUAAUGGCUCCUCUUUAAAUAAUGAGACUGUCAGCGGCAGAACAAUGUACCUGGCACGAAGAAUGCAGAGUCUUAUCUGGGCUUAAUUGAAUGCGUGCAGCUGACAAGAUCCCCCUCGUCGAUAGGUUACAUCAUUUUUUUUUUUUACUGUAAAGAACCGCCGUGUCUUAAAACAUUCACAAUGAGACAGCUCUGCGUAAAUGAAGGCCAUCACGCUUGGCUGUGUGUUCUCCCCCCCCCCCUCUAAAAAGAUGAUUUAUGACAUGAAUCAAUGCCUUAAUACUGUCUCAUACGGGUUGCAUUAAAGUGUAUUUAUAUAAUUAUUGGUGUACAUAUAUUGUACAUUUUGUAUAUGAAAAUUUACGAGAUUGUAAAUAUGUAUGAUUUCCACUUUGAUAGAAGAUUUUAUUUUGAGAAUAAAACAAGUUUUAUGGAA